AUGCCCAACAUCAUGCCAGCAGACUCUGAGUCCGGUUUUAAUUUUACGUUUGAUGCCUCGAGUUUGAUUGGUGCCUCAGCACAUGACUUUAAUAAUGACUUUAAUCCAUCACAGCGGCCUGGCGCAACACUUUUCACGGCUUAUCAGUAUCUGUCUGUUGAUCCGACUCCAUCUGACUCCGCCUCGAGUUUGACACGCAUAGUCCAUCCCUCUCGUUACACGCCGUCUCAUUCUUUGCUUCCAGCUUUAAGUUCUCAAUCUUCGUCCGACUCCAGCAAUCUCACUUCAACUCUUGACCCAACCACCAAGGAACACCUCUUAAUGGAGGCUACUGGCAAAGCUUUUCUUACACUUUUUCAAUACAAUGAACUCGAGGUCCAAGUCAACGACUCAAAAGUCUGGGAACUGCGUUGUCCUCGCGGGUGUUGGAUCAAGUCUGGUAUUCGUAGCCAUGUCAAGCUCUCGAGUCGUGGUCAAUUCAUGGCCUUAGAACAGCACUAUGGUGCUUGUCGCAAUCGAAAACUACAGGUUCGCAGUGCCAUUAGGGAAUCUCGAGUAGCACUUGCUGUUCUUAGGCCUACUCUGUCGCAAGUACCCGUCAUACCCACUGCUGCUGCUACUCCUCCCAGUGGUACAUCGGAGGAUUCGGUUCCCACUGUGAUUGCGCUGUCACCUUGUCCGGGCUUCCACAUCCUUAAUUGGCCCACGUCUGAUGGCACACCUGUACAAGCCAAUCUUCCAUGGCUACGUACAGCGGAGGGACUGGACAAACUCUCAUUUGACCUUGAGGUUGUCUCUCACAAGGCGCUUGCACGCUCUUUUGACUGCACUGGUCAGGCUGGUGAUGAUGCUGGACCAUGUGACUUUUGUGCUCACCUCGAGCCAAAAGUCAAGGUACUUGCGGAGAACGCGAGAACUCGUCGACCACACACCCGCCAUAGUCUUCUCACUCCGGUUCAACUUCUCGACAUUAUAUGUGAGCGUGAUCAGAACACGAACACUUUGAAGUUACAGAGUUUGAAUGACAGACACAAAAUCAAGCGCCUGCUUUCCACACUGGAAGAUCACACUUCACUGGUCAUGGCACUGUCCCAGUGCGACAUACCCUGGCUUCGCAACCUUCUCCAAACUGCACUUCGGAAUGGUACCAGCAUCCAUACAAUACUUCGGAUGAUUGAAGAGGCCAUUGAGCAUGGUUACCGACCACGAGGACACAGUCAAGAGGCCAUUGACCUUGCCGUUCUCGCCGUCCGGCUUGGUGGCCGGAAUCUGCUUUAUGCCUUGAACCAGCGGCUCACACUCCCAUCACUACACACUCUCCGCAACCAUAUGUCUUUUGUCAAAAUCAUUCCAACUAUCAGUCGGAUCUCAACCAUGACCAUCCAAGAGAAUAUCAAGAACCUUGUUAUUGUUCCUCGUCAGAACGCUGCAUCAACAAAAAUGCGUGGUGUCAGCAUGAUGAUCGAUGAAACGGCACAGGAGGAAGCAGCCGUCUAUAUAUCACAAUUGAACAGUGUAGGCGGUCUAUGCUGGACGCACUCGAAUCUUGUCAACACAACACUUCACACGUAUCAGUCUGCCCUUGGGAUUGCUGAGGCGCUGAAGUCUCAGAAGGUCCACGUUGGAAAGGAGGUGACUGUCGCGGGAGCUCACAUAUUUGGCGAAGAGGGAGUUUAUCCUGUCCUGGCAGCGCCCACUUGCAAGAGUGAGAGCGCUGCUGACAUGGAGUUCAUUUUCAAGACUAUCCUCGAAUCCUGGGAUAAUUCUGGAGCGGCUCAGCAGGUUGGACCAGCUUGGUCAUUUGCAACUGACGGUGACGCUAUGCGCCGCAAGGCUGGUGAAGUGACACUAGACUUUGACUACAAACAUAUCAUGAAAUGCUAUUGUACCCUCCUCCGAUCUCGUGCUGGUAUGCAUCUUAACAAUGGUCGCUGCAUCAAUGCAACCAUGAUCGAACACUACCUUGUCUGGCUGCCUGAUGUAGAUGAAAGUCGUGCUCGGAAGCUUGUUUACCCCGACGAUCCCCAGGACGUGCCUCGUGCGGUGGAACUCAUGGGUGCUGUCAUCAAACUCGCAUCACUGCCGAACAUCCCCGACGACGUCAAUGUCAUUGCUGACUUCGACACAAUCAAACUUUUAGCUGAAAUUCUCCGCAGUCUCCUCAAUCCAUUCAUCGAUGUCAACCUCUCACUGACUGAGCAAGUCGUGCACUUGAGCCGCUUCGCUCAUCUCCUCUUUGCAUGCUACCGUGAUCAACGACGUGGGCUGAUGCCUAACCAGCUAUACUACGACUCUGAGACAUUUGCCAAGAACGUGGUCUUCUGCAUCCUGAAGCAACAGAAGCUCGAUCCAUCUGAACGUUUUUUCUUUCUCAAUGUCGGGGAUGAUGCACUCGAACUCGAGUUUGCAUUCCUCCGAAUGUGCGGGGGGCACAACAACGCAAUGAACUACAAACAAACCUUAUUUUCCCCAGGCUCGGGCAUAGACCUACUGUACCCUGCUAUUCAUGAAGAGGAUGACGAAGACAUAUCACUCCUUGCACCUCCUCCCAACAUCGACACACUCCAGCAAGAUGUCGUGUCCAGCGAGACCGCAGACACCAUCAGCAAUGAUGACGACGAGCCGCCACUCACCUUUGAGGAAUCACUUGCCAACACACUUGACGCCGAGCACGAGGAUGGAAACGGUUUGGUGGAUGAGCCCGAGGAUGAUGAAAAUUCCCCCUCACCUACUUCUCCCCCCAAUGGGCCAGGAAUCCGUGCUGAAGACUACCUCUGGUGCAUGAACAAAUGGGUCCACAAGUCAUCGGUUGUCCGUAUCACGAUCACCCUAGAUUUCACUCCCAAAGCCCAGACUCGUUUGCUCCGUGUUCGCGGAUUCACGCCUGUGAACAAGGACUUCGAGAACACCAUGGAGGUUGGUCAGCUGCUUCACGGUGAUCAGUUCGUCACCGGUGAUCUCUUCAUCACGCUUCUUCGAACUAGCAUGAAGUCACUGGCUCUUGCUCUGGUUCGCGCUACCACCAUCUCUGAGAAUGGAGCCCCCAGGAGUAGAGUCAAAAUGGCAAUGCUGACGUCUCUCAAGGGCAAUGUGAAAGUCGCCGGUGAAAUCAUGAUUCUUUUACCAUCAUCCUCGUCUUCAACCUUAUCGUGGAUCUGGAAUGGCGUGUAUCUUAAAACAGCAUCUGUCGUACCAGGAACAGAAAUUCAUACUCUCAAUGUCGUCACUGUCACUGUUCCAGGCUUCCUUGUUCAAACCGUCAAUCCUUGGGUCGUCAUUGCCGCUGAUCAUCUUGCACCUCAACACACCCAGGAGGUAAACUCCAAGGGCACAACAUGGUCACUCGACGACGAGGACCUACAAUCUGCCGUUGCACUACUCUGGAACAAAACUGUCAACUCCAAAGUUCCCCUCAGUUCGAUCUCAAGUCUCAAUUCUGAAAGCUCUGUUUUUCCCUACAAGUCUCAUGAUGGUUCUGAUGCUCUUAUUUGUGCCGCCGGCACUGAGUUGCUGUUGACUACGGGACAUGGCAAGACGGUCAUGAGCGCAUGUCCGGACAUCCGUUCGCACAUGGGUGUGCAUAUUCUCCGUGCAGCUCGUAAGGUCGCCAAUAUUGUUGUCAAUCCCAUCAACGGCCCGUUGCCUUGUGGCUUCUGUGGCGACUCAAACAACCCCGACUGCGCACUUACAUUCAAGGAGACAGCUCGCAAGAUCAUGUGGGAGUCAAAGUGCCCACGCAAAGAGACCUUCCAGUAUGGGAGCACUAAUAAGGGCUCUGACAGCCGCCCGUGUCGUAAUGUCCCCGUCGUCUGCCAGAUAUGUGUCCAUCUCGGUCGUGCUACUGAUUGGUGUCCAGCGGUCUGGCGUUAUAACCUCGAAGCCCAUAUUGACCUGCAGCACUCUGAAUAUGCACAACCUGGUAGGCCAAUUGGACUUCCCCUUCCCCGCGCUGUGUAUGAUUCGCUUGCUCUCACUCCUGCCGAAGAAAAAAAGGCCGGAGUCGCUUCUCGACCCGUAUUUGAGUUCAUCCAGGGCAAGGAGAAUAUCCCUGGACCUGACAGUUCAUCUGCUGUUACCCAGAAGCGGAAGGCCAAUGCUCAGAAGUUUUCCUCUGCCGCUUCGGUGGCUAAGAGAGUUCGUCAAGGUUGA